GAUGGCCGUAUGUGGCUAGGUUUAGCGCUUAGCAGUGUUGUAGGUGUUGGGUGAGCUACUGCCGGAGUUUGUUGAAAUAUACGUGUGAAUCUUCAUGGUUUCCACAAGAAAAACACGGAAGAAAAGUGCAGUGCUCGUGAAACGGUGUUGUCUGUGCUGUGCAAAAAGCCUGGAAAGGUUCACGAGAGGAGCGGGUUGGGGGACGACACAGGGCUGGUGACAGCCCCCAGGCCUGAGAAGAUGGCACUGGUUGUGGGACUGGAGCAGUUUGUGCCCCAGCUGGGCUGCCAGGACACCAAGAAGCGGCUACAGCUGGGUGCCACCCUGCUUUCCUACCUGGAGGACCCGCUCAACCUUGUCGACUGCACUGAAAUGGGCGCUGUCGUUGAUGGGCUUGUUGCCUGGCUCAACAGCAGUAACUCAAAGGUGGCACAGAAUGGCCUGGAGAUAUUGUCGAUCCUGGCAGAAAGGCUCAAAGAUGACUUCCGCCCCUAUAUCUCCACAGUCAUUUCAGCGGCCAUAGACAGAAUGGGUGACAGCAAAGAUUCUGUGCGGGAGCAGGCGAAGUUCUUCACCAUGAAACUGAUGGCAGUGUCAUCUCCUCAGUACAUUCUUGAAAAGAUGAUGCCAGCAUUCAGCCAUAAAAAUUUUCGAAUACGAGAAGAAGUACUAUUGUGCCUCCAGGAUGCCCUCAAUGCGUAUGGCCCCCAGAACCUGUCUUUGAUGAAGUUUAUGCCGCUAAUUGCUAAGCUGCUUGGAGACCCCAACUCGCAGGUGCGCGAUGCGGCGUUUCAAACGUUUGUAGUCAUCUACACACACGUUGGCGAGAGGGUGCGGUUAGACCUGGGUAAGAAGUACGGCAUUCCACCUGCCAAGCUGCAAGCAUUGUUCAACAAAUUCGAUGAAGUGAAGAGCUCUGGACAGCUUUUACCAACUGCAACACUUGACCUUGUGCACAGAGGUGACGAUGAACUUGACAGGGCAGUGCAUUCCGACAUCAAUGAUGCGGAAGCGAGUUUAGGGAAGGCUUCAAAAAGGGCCAGCAGUGCACCUCCAAACCGGCGGGCAGUGUUGGCAACGCCCAUUAAGCCAUCGCAGCAGCCCUCUACAGGCACAACACCAUCAACACUCACCCGAAAGCAUAGCUUGAAAGGUGCUCCUCCUGUUAAGGCCGCUGUAUCAGUUCUACUGCAGAAAUCCAAUGCAGGAGCUGUGGAUGAAGAGAUGUUCAUUAGAUCAUUUGAAGAAGUUCCAAAAACACAGCUCUACUCUGCAAAGGAGCUGGAACAUGAACUUACCAAGGUCAGGCACGUUCUGUCUGAUACAAAUACUGACUGGGAGAGGAGAGUGGACGUGCUGCGGCACCUUCGCAGCCUACUGAUAGCAGGUGCUGCUGAGUAUGAGGAGCUCUACACCAGCUUGAGGCUUCUGGAGCCUCCAUUCCAGGUUCUGGUUAAGGACUUAAGGUCACAAGUUGUCCGGGAAGCCUGCAUCACUAUAGCUUAUUUAUCCCAACAGUUGGGCCAUAAACUCGACCACUUCUCAGAAGCAGUACUUCCAGCGCUCAUCAACUUAAUCCCCAAUAGUGCCAAGAUUAUGUCUACGUCCGGCAUUGUCACAGUGCGGUUCAUCAUACAGCACACCCAUGUUAGUCGGCUGAUACCAGUGAUCACAAUGAACUUAAGUUCAAAGUCCAAGGACAUCAGAAGGUCCUGCUUUGAGUUCCUUGACCAGCUGUUGCACACGUGGCCUACACACACCCUGGAAAGGCACAUCGCUAUCCUGCAGGAGGCCAUCAAGAAGGGAAUCAGCGAUGCUGACCCGGAAGCCCGUGCCUUUUCACGCAAGGCCUUCUGGGGCUUUGCGGACCACUUCAAGGAGCAGGCAGAUGUGCUGCUCAACUCGCUGGACAGCAGCAAGCAGCGCAUGUUGCAGGGCGAGCUGUGCAUGAGCAACUCCUCAAGCAGCAACUCGCUGAACAAUGCGCAAGCCAGGCCCCUUAAGCACUCGGUGUCCAGUCAUGGAUCCAUGGAGAACCUCAGGCCUGGCAGUGGAAGUUCAACGUUGGGGCGGAGGUCUGGUGUGCCAGUCUACAACAACACCAGGAGUGCCUCCGUUCGAUCCAAUAGCGCCAUUGACUUGGGGGCAGCAAGAAGGGCACGAGCACGUGCUUUCACCACAGCACAAAACAGAGGCAUAGGAGCGUCGCUGCCUCGUCCAGGAACAAAACGAGCUGACACCGUGUCAAGCACGAUAGCAUCGCCGGAGCGAAUUAGUCGAAGUCGAACGAAGGGUGUUUCCCAGUCACAGCCAAGCAGCAGGUCUGGCUCGCCUACAUCACGGCUGAGCUACGCUACGUACUCGGCUACGCACACAGACGGCACAGGACGGGUCCGCCGAAAAUCCGGCAUUCCCACACCAGUGGGCACAAGCCGUGAGGGAAGCCCCACACGGCCUACUGGAACAACCCCUGGGAUGACAGGGAUGUACGAGCGUCGUCUCAGUGGAGGUACAAGGCGACCUUUUGUUGGUGCUGGAGAGCGGUAUCACCCAACUACCAUUACAACUGGAGCUCCAUUGAUGGCACAGCAGAUACUGCAACAGAGUAAAGAGGCAGAAGCUGCUGUGGCGGAUGCUUUGGAAUGUUGGAACACGCCCCCAAGAAAGAACCGCUACAACGCCUUCGACGAUCAAUCUGAUGAGAGCGAAACGUCUAGUGUCUGCUCGGACCGCUCGUUCAGUUCCUACAACAGAGGUGGUUAUGAGGGCCACAUCCCACUACAAGAUGUGCCAAGCAUCUUGAAGCAUCUUUCCAGUAUCCACUGGUCAGACCGCAAAGAGGGCUUGCUGGGCCUGCUGUCAGUGCUGCGGUCGGGGCGCACCCUCUCUCUGCCUGACCUCAAGAAAGUCACCGACAUGUUCACCAAGAUGUUCAUGGACCCACACACCAAGGUGUUCACACUGUUCUUGGAAGCCUUGGGGGAGCUGAUCCAUGUUCAUAGUGCGGAUUUGCAUAGCUGGCUGUAUGUUCUGCUGACCCGUCUCUUCAUCAAGACGGGAACCGACCUUUUAAGCUCGCUGCAAACAAAGAUACAGAAGAUCCUCUCCAUAAUUCGAGAGUGCUUUCCCCAUGGCGAACAAUUUCAGGCAGUAGUGAGGUACAUCACUGAUCCAACACAGACUCCUAACAUCAAGGUCAAGAUAACAAUUCUGCGGUAUUUGAUGUCUCUGCUCCAAGCAAUGGACUCUGGGGACUUGCUGGUCAACACUCCAGAGACACACUCCAUGGUUGCUAAGAUCUUCUCCUGGAUACGUGAUCAGAAGAGUCCUGAACUUAAGAGGCAUGCCCAGGAAGUGAUUGUGUCCAUAUUCAAGCUGAGGCCAGCAGAAAUUAAUGGGUUACUCAGCAGACUUGACCCUGACAACCAGGCUCUUGCUAUGGGUCUGAUUCAGUCCUACAUGCGUGGUCGUACUGAUGACAGUGAGCUGCGAACACCUAGUCCUAUCACGGCACAUGUCCAUUCUCCCAUCAGCAGUACACCAAACAGGGGCAGCCGGAGCAGUGGGAGCCGAUCAAGCACGCCACUGCAGCGUUCACUGGAAGAAGAGGAGGACAACACCGAGAACCUGAACCCGGAUGAGCUGUACAGCUCACUGCUGCGCCGCACCACGGCCCAGAUCCACCGACUGGCGUUGGACCCGGGCCGGGGAAUGGACCUGGUGGACUCUGGCGCAACCCCUUCCUCCCGAGGCGCCGAGCUGUUGCUGCCACCAUUGGGAGGGGGAAGCUUCAGGCAGCGGCUGGCACCCCAGAACUGGGAGGAGCCAUGCGCUUUCUCGCAGCAACAGCGCCUGACCGGCAGCCGGGAGGCCUCGCCUGUCAAGCGCAUGGCGAGCUGGGAUUAUGAUGGUGAAACCGGUAUGCAUCGGAUCAGGCGGACAUCACUAGAUGGUGGUGUCGGCAAAAAUGAACAAGACACCCUCAACAACAUCUUUGCCAUACUACAAAACCCCAACAGCAGGACGGAGCAUCGCAAGCAGGCCUUGUCGGAGCUCAUGCCCCUCACUAAGGAUGGCUCACCAGAGCUGUGGGAUGAGAACUUCAGGAACGUGUUACGCUGCCUUGUGGAGAAUCUCGAAGAACAAGUGGUACCGGUAAAAGUGGCUGCUUUAAGAGCCUUGGCUGAAUUGUUGAAAAGGCAGCCACAACAUUUCCACAAUUAUGCUGAGCUCACCUUGAUCAAGAUCUUCGGAACAUUCAAGCAACCUGAGAGAGAGGUGAGCCGUGCUGCCGAGCUGUGUUCUAUGGAGGCUGCUGCUGCGCUACCCCCCGAGCAAACAAUGCGGCUCCUGCACUCACUCAUCGGGGAGUCAGAUGACCAAGAUGUUGUCAUCGCUGCAAUCAAGGUUAUGUCCCGACUUGUGGAAGUACAUCCAAAAAGGAUAAUUGUGGAGCUUCUGCCACAGAUGAUGCCUGUUUUGCUUAAGGCGUAUGAUCACAGCGAGAGUUCUGUACGGAAGGCGGCAGUAUUUUGUAUGGUGACACUGCAUGGCGUGGUCGGCUCUGAAUUGAUGAAGCCACACUUGGCUUCCCUUACGGGAUGCAAGUUGAAGCUUCUCAACCUGUACAUCCAGAGGGCACAGGGCAACAGCAGUGGAAGCACACCUGGCUCCCCCUCCAAUACAGCAUCUUCCUCCAGUAAUCCCUAAAGUGGGGAUGGCCCAAGCAGCAGCUCACAAGCCAUGCUUCCCUUUGGGCUGCCACCAUUGCUUCGCUGCUGCUUUGCUAAUAACUGUGGCCCCGUGCUGAGCUUUAGUUAUUGCAGCAGCUCAAACAGGAACGUGGUUUUUAAGUGCCGUGUGCUUCUUUUUUUUCUUUGAGUGUGUGACUACAGCACAUUUUGCUGCGAAGUACAUGUCUUCAGGUUUCCAUUACAAUAGCUGUGAGAGAGAGCAGUGCUCCACUUUUAUGUGAACAAGUUGGUUGCUUUCAGGGACUUCCAUUUUGUUUUUUCUUGAUGUAUCUACACAUGUGUACACAUGUACUUCAAUGUCUCAUUAUUUUUGCCAAUAGUUGACUAGCCCUCAGCAGGGCAGAUUAGUUGCACCAGCAAGUUGCUGUGGUGCAAGACUUGGCAACUGAGGGCAAAGCGUGCUCUCAACUUAUGAAUUUUGCCGCGACACUCAUGCUCGUGCACGAACUGUGGUUCAGGCCAGUUACACUUAACGCUCACCCACAUUGAGCCACGUAAGCAAGCAAGAGCAUGACUGCUUCACCAGUGCUACACCUAGUUUUGUCCCAUUAGGCAAGUUUUUGUAAUAUUGGACUGUGUCAUGCGAGACUGCCACAAUGCAGGGUCAGUCUUGAGAUAAUGUUGUGUUCAUGCAGAUCACGUUACUAGUAGCCCAGUGUGCUGGGCCUAACUCUCGUCUAGCAAAACUUUUCAUGUAACAUGCAACGUUGGUAGCACGACUGCUGCGUCUUCUCUUCUUUGAUUGCCUUUUCAUGGCAGCUUUACAGGGGAACUCUGUGGCCACUGCUGCAUAGUGUCCUACUAGUUUUGUGCCAGUAAACUAGGUGCCUAGUGCUUGUGGCUGAGUGCUGAUGCUGGUACCAUACAUUCAAUCUACAGGAUGUCCCAUGCAACAUUGACCUUGCUUUCAAUUUGCUUGAUUUCAUUUUACUGUAAUUGGAGCAUGAAAUUUCAUGCCUCAACAUUUGCGACAACUUGCAAUAUUCUGUGAAAAAGACUCUGUGAUCAGUUAUAAGUUAACCCCCUCCCCACCAUCCCACCUCCCCUUCUUUGCCUGGAAGGCGCAACUUUACUUGCUGGGGCUUCAACAUGAAAGUGUAUGCUUUCCUACAGGUAGAGUUCUUUAAAGCUUUGUUCAUGUUAUAUGGGACACCCUGUAUAUAUAUAUAUAUAUAUGUACACAGGUGGAGUAAGUGUGAUGCAAUUAGAAAAGCUGAGCCAUCUAACAUGCUGCUUUCUCGUGUUGAAAUAGAAACAUUGCCAAAACUCUCAUGGCUUUCGAAGCUGCUGCUGCUGCUGCUGCUUUGAUCAUUGUAUGUUAGUCCUUUUUUUUUUCUCCCUUGUUGCUGCCUGCUGCCAAUAGAAUGUGAGGCAGGUGAAAGAGUGAUGCCAUUUUUUGGUGGCCCACGCGUGUGAUUGUUCAGAGUGUUUUCUACAACAUGACUUAGGUUGUGGCAUCUUGCCAGGCUGCCAUACAAAUGUAGUGCCGUAGUCCUUUACCUUCUUUUUGUACUUCUUUUUAUGUGUUGAGUGCUCGAAGAUGCCGUAUUAGAAAAAGAGAAAAAGAUGGCUGUCACAAAUCAAGGGCGCUGCUUUAGCCUGCAUUCAGUAAGGUUGCAUCUGUGUAAGAGGAAAUAACAUUUGUAAUUGAUGAGAAUUGCUGCUGGCAGUUGAAGGCAUUCAUCUUGUGUAACUUGCACAAUGCUGCUUAAUGAAUUUUGUAGCUGCUCGAGUGGACUAUUUAUAUUUGUAGUGCCAGUACUUUUCUGUUGCAUGCUUUGUCAUUUUUGUUUAGAGAGGAUCAAAAAAGAAAAGCCUUUCAUUUGCAAAGGUAUUACUUGUAUAGUGUACAUUCCCAUGCAAGUCCAUGCUUCUUUUCUUUUUUUUCUACACAGUGAUUAACACUUCACUGUUUGUGACACUUUGAAAGGCAUGUCCUAACAUCUGUUCCCCCCAUUAAGACCUUUGUGCUUUUAAGAUUUUAUUCUGAAAUGACAAGUCAGGAAUAAACAUUUUUACUGUCUUGA